AUGGAUAACACUAUUAGAGAUGCAAAUGAUGAAGAAAUUGAAUUAUUAGAAACUUCAAAAGUUGAAAAAACACUCGAAAAUUCCAUUCAACCUUAUAUUGGCCAACCUUCAGAUCAAGUAGAUGAUUAUGACAAGUACAGAGCAAAUUUAAUUAAAAAAGCAAAAGAAAGAAAAGAAUGGACCGAAAAAUAUGAAAGAGAAAAAAGAAUAAAGAAAGGUGAAAUUGUCCCUGAACCUAUCCCAACUACAGAUGAUAGCGAUGUAACCAAAGAAACCGUUUUAACUGAAAAUAAGAUUGAAUAUAUUAUUUGUCAUAUUGAAGAUUACAAUGAUAUCGAGGCUUUUAUUAAAAUUACCAGAGACUCUUCAAAACAUCUUACCGAUUUCGAAUUAUUGGCUAUCUACACAAAAGCUUACCAAUGGAUGUACAAAGAAGAAGAAAUAAGUAACGGUGGUGACCCAGGCCAUAUCGCAGGCUUAAUGAAUCGUGAACGUAGUGCAGGCAGAUUUGAAAUUUGGGGCCAUGAUAUUACAGACCUCAUCUUUAAUGGUUGUAACGAGAUUAAAAUAUAUGAAAACUUUGUAUACUGCGAUUUUGGUGUAGACUCUUAA